AUGCCAUUUUCUUCAUCAUCAUCCUCAUCUUCAUCAUCAUCAUCACCAGAUUCUAAGUACAAUCUCACAAGUGCAAUACGAGCACAAACACAGUUUUUAACCCAUGCAUAUACUAGCCACAACCUUGUCAUAGCUUCCUACAUGAAAAAUAUGGAUAAUCAACCCCCAAGGCAUGAAGGUUCGACUUUUGGUCAUAGAGUGAUUCAUUGUGAUCGUGAAGAAGCAGAUCGAAGAUUAUGGAAUGAUUAUUUUUCAGAGUAUCCAAAAUAUUCUGAAGCAAUGUUUCGUAGACGAUUUCGAAUGAGUCGAAAUUUGUUCAUACGAAUUGCCAAUGUUGUUAAAGGCCAUGACAACUAUUUUGUGCAACGGAAUGAUAGAAUCGGUAGACUGGGCUUAUCUACUUUACAAAAAGUUACAGCGGCGUUUCGAGUUUUGGCGUAUGGAAUACCAGCAGAUGAAUAUAUCCAGAUUGGAGAAUCAACUACAAUUGAAAGUUUGAAGAGAUUCUGUCGAGCAAUUGUAGAUGUCUUUGGGGAACGAUAUCUAAGAGCACCUGAUGCUAAUGAUGUUGCACGGUUGCUUCAAAUUGGCGAAAAACGUGGUUUUCUAGGGAUGCUUGGGAGUUUAGAUUGCAUGCACUGGACAUGGAAAAAUUGUCCAACUGCUUGGGCUGGACAAUAUGCUGGGAGGAGUAGAGAACCAACUAUUAUUCUUGAAGUUGUAGCCGAUUAUGAUUUUUGGAUUUGGCAUGCACACUUUGGUAUGCCGGGGUCGAAUACCGGCAUUAAUGUGUUGGAAGGAUCUUAUUUGUUUUCCAAUCUUGCAAACGGUAUAGCACCUCCUUGUCAUUAUGUUAUUCAAGGACAACAGUACCACACUGGAUAUUAUUUAGCAGAUGGUAUAUAUCCAAAAUGGUCCACAUUGGUACAAACAAUUCAUGAACCUCGAGGACCCAAAAAGAAGUUAUUUGCGAUGAUGCAGGAAGCGUGUAGAAAAGACGUAGAACGUGCAUUUGGAGUUCUCCAAUCACGAUUUGCAAUAGUCAAGGGACCGACACGUUUUUGGGAUAAAUGUGUAUUGCAUGAUAUGAUGUCAUCUUGCAUUAUAAUGCACACUAUGAUCAUUGAGGACGAACGUGAUGAGCAAGCAGAUAUACAAGGUUGGAAGGAAGCACCGACUCCUGAAGUUGAUAUAGCUAGAGAUGAGAAUAUUAUAUUUCAAGAAUUUCUUGCUCGGCAUAGACAAAUUAAAGAUAAAGAAGCUCAUUAUGCACUCUGUAAUGCAUUGAUUGAGCAUUUGUGGGAAUGA